GCUCCGGAGAAGCCGCGGUCAGGCGAGCCGAGCGGCGGCCCCGAGUCCGGGCCCCGAGUGCUCUGCAGUACCUCGCAGCACGUGGGGCCUGUCUGGCCUUCCAAGAAGUCGGACUAAGCCGUUGGGUGGUCUACAAAGACGUCUCCCCGCGCCGCUGGUCCGAGAGCUGCCCGCCGUGGAAAGCAGUGGCCUUGCCUGGGAUUCGCAGGGGCUCCGUGACCGUGGAGACCGGUGGCUUCUGGUGCGGCCGACACGGCGCACAGAGCACAUCUCCGGGGUCGGUGCCAGGACAGCCCCCCACGAAGGGCCAUUGUAUCGCGGGACUUGAGCCCACUGGCCGAGGUCCGACGGACGGCACCAUUUGCGAAGGGGCCCCUGGGAUGAGCCACCACGCGGGGACACCGACCUGAGGUACGUUCUGGCAUGUUCUGUGGAACAUGUGUGUUCUACAUGUAUGUUCUGGAAACACGGUUUCCAGAAGUCCCGGGGUCCGGCAGAUUACCCAGAUCUUUCAACCCCCGCGCACUGACGGGCCCUUGGGAGCGCGCAGCUGAUUGAGCUACAAAACGACUCCCUCAUCCUGUUCCCCGGACUUAGUGUGCGACUCAGAAGGGGUGUGGGGGGGAGGGGGAGGGACCGAAGCCCCGGGCAGCCCAGACAGGCUUCCACACGUGCGUGUCGCGUAAGCUGGGUUAGUUCUCUGUCCCUCGUUUGAGACCCGAUGCCGGUAUUCCCAGCAGAAACUGCUUCAGGUUCCGCAAUCCCGGGGGAGGGUGUGCGGUGCUUCCCUCUGGGGCGCAGGACCUUCAGCACCUUCCCGGGAGCUGCAGCCGCUGGUCCACGCCCGUCAGCCUCACAGGGCUCUGGGCACUCGGGACGGUGUCCCCGUGAGGGCCACAGGCUGCCCCCGCAAGUCUUCCCUGACAAAUCGCUGCUGUUUCCUGCCAUUUUGAGAGCAGAUGCCUUGUGACCUCAGGAAGGAGGUUCUGUCUGGGAGCCUGGGGGGAGGUGGGGUGGGGGUGGGGCAGGGAACUCUCAGAGCUCUGCACUCCUCUGAGUCUUUGAUUUGGGGGAGCAACAGGAAGUCUUGGCAGCAAGUUCCUGGGACCCAAAUGAUGACUGCUUUCCGGUAAGUGAAACCUGGCUCCUUCAACACAACAACUUCCACUUUUCCCCAACUCCUUGCUUCUGAGAGGCUCUCCUGGUUCUCCAGACCUUUCUGGGUGCCCAGAGCACCCUCUUAUUUCUCCUAUAGACCCCACCUUGCAGCUGGGGGUGCUGGGCUCUCUGUCCCCCAAACUGGAACGCCAAGGAGCCACGUCCUCCGUGUCAGGUGUGUGGCACACGUGUUCGCCCCGUGCGGCUGACGGCCGAGUGCACACGGGAUUCAACCUUGAUCACUGCCUCUCGCUUCCAGGCACCAGCUGCCCUUCCAGAGCCCAAGAGCCCACCACCCGCAGCUUGAUGAAAACGUCCCCUCUGUCUUUCCCCCUUGACCUUUAUUCGAGGUGCCGUGAGCCUGCGGGGCAUCGGGUCGGUGGCCCACCCUUGGCCACUGCCCUCCUCCCGGGGAGGUGAAUUGACAGGAAGGCACCACCUAAGCGGGCCUGCGGGGGCUGAAGGGGUCCGUUCCGCGGUCCCGUGCAGGUGGGACAACCCGGCUUCUUCCCAGGCCCGAUACCCCGCGCGCCCUGACCCCUCCGUUCCUUCGCAGGCGCUGCGACCCGAGUCCCGCCGGGCGCCGGGGGCCAUGGCGCGGCUCCCCGAGCCCGCGAGCGGCCGGCGCGUGGUCAUCAUCAACGUGGGCGGCUGCAGGGUGCGCCUGGCCUGGGCGGCGCUGGCGCGCUGUCCCCUCGCGCGCCUGGAGCGCCUGCGGGCCUGCCGCGGCCGCGACGAGGUCCUGCGCGUGUGCGACGACUACGACGCCAGCCGCGACGAGUUCUUCUUCGACCGCAGCCCGUGCGCCUUCCGCGCCAUCGUGGCGCUGCUGCGGGCCGGCAAGCUGCGGCUGCUGCGCGGCCCCUGCGCGCUGGCCUUCCGCGACGAGCUGGCCUACUGGGGCACGGACGAGGCCCGGCUGGAGCGCUGCUGCCUGCGCCGUCUGCGCCGCCGCGAGGAGGAGGCGGCCGAGGCGCGCGCGGGGCCGCCGGGGAGCCCGGGGAACGCGGGGCCCGGACGGCGCCUGCGGGACCUGCUGGACGACCCGCGCUCCGGACCCGCCAGCAAGCUCGUCGCCUGCGUGUCCGUCGCCUUCGUGGCUGCCACGGCGGUCGGCCUCUGCCUGAGCACCAUGCCGGACAUCCGCGCGGAGGAGGAGCGGGGCGAGUGCUCCCCCAAGUGCCGCAGCCUCUUCGUGCUGGAGACGGUGUGCGUGGCCUGGUUCUCCUUCGAGUUCCUGCUGCGCUCGCUGCGCGCCGAGAGCAAGUGCGCCUUCCUGCGGACGCCGCUCAACGUCAUCGACCUCCUGGCCAUCCUGCCCUUCUACGUGUCGCUGCUCGCGGGGCUGGCGGCGGGGGGCGCGGGCGCGGGCGCGGGGGGCGCGGCGCUGCUGGAGCGCGCGGGGCUGGCGCUGCGGCUGCUGCGGGCGCUGCGCGUCCUCUACGUGAUGCGCCUGGCGCGCCACUCGCUGGGGCUGCGCUCGCUCGGCCUGACCGUGCGCCGCUGCGCGCGCGAGUUCGGGCUCCUGCUGCUCUUCCUCUGCGUGGCCACCGCGCUCUUCGCCCCGCUGGUGCACCUGGCCGAGCGCGAGCUGGGCGCGCGCCGCGACUUCUCCAGCGUGCCCGCCUGCUACUGGUGGGCCGUCAUCUCCAUGACCACCGUGGGCUACGGCGACAUGGUGCCGCGCAGCCUGCCCGGGCAGGUGGUGGCGCUCGGCAGCAUCCUCAGCGGCAUCCUGCUCCUGGCCUUCCCCGUCACGUCCAUUUUCCACACCUUCUCGCGCUCCUACUCCGAGCUCAAGGAGCAGCAGCGGCGGCGCGCCGCCAGCCCCGAGCCGGCCCUGCGCGAGGACAGCGCGCGCUCGGCCCCGGCCACCGAGGACGGCCUGCAGGGGCCCGCCACAGCCGCCCACGCCGGGGUCCCCGCACCUGGGGGGUGGCCGCGACUGUGGCCCCCAAGAGGCCGCUCCUCCUGAGCUUCCUCAGGAAUAGAAGCGCGUCACCCCCCAACCCCAUCCCACGGGCGACCUCGGGGUGGGGGUCCUGGAUCCCUCCAGGUACCCACUGCAUGUCCCUCUGGGCAGCGCAGCCCUAACUCGGAGGGAGGGGGACUGAUCCUCCGCUUCUGGUCAUUGCUUCCCUCUUUCCUCCUUCCCUCCGGAGUUCGGAUUCCCCAGCCCAGAAAUUCCGAGACCGUAGCGAAUGCCAGGCGGCCGCCCGUGUCCACAGGCCGUAUCCUCUGCUUCCCGGCCCCUUGGCUGGCAGCUCCUGGAGGAGCGAUCUGCGGUGGGCAGUCUGCGGGGGGGCUCCUGCUUCUGCAGGGUCAUCCACCGUGGGCAUCCCACUGCGACACACGCACACACACACACACACACACACACACGGCUUCUUCUUGCCCAGCUGGAGACGGGCCGGCUUCACUGACAGCCUUCUGUCGGCUCCAAGUUCUCGGAGGGUCAGCGCAGGGAGCCACACCAUGUCACACCAGCAGCCAGGGCAGUUGCGCCACUAUCCUGCUGAGGGGAAAAGCCAUACAGCUUUAUCGGAGGUCUAAGCCUGUGGAAAGGGACCUUCAUCUACUCUGAUUAGAGCCCCACUUCUCGUGGGGCUCGGGAGCCUGUGCCCCGCUGGCCGAUGUGAUGACGGGGCCCCAGCUCCUUCCCACACACCCAGCGGCUGUGAGUGGAACCAAAGAAAGAAGCCACAGGUGACUUUUCAAGAACGGAGAUGGGCUUAUGGCGAAAAACGCCUCUGCGUGCUUGACUGCUCUUCAUUUCACCAUCGGGAUUUUUACUGCAUGCAGAAUUAGCAGUUAAUUUUAACGAACUGAUUAUCAAAAAGAAAGUAAAAAUCUACCCUCAGAGCAAGACAAGGGUCCAGGCUGGGGAUGCCGGCUGCCGGAGAGAGACCACGUGGGUGUCACCCACACGGAGCUGCUCCAGGCCAGACUCACUCUUGGACCCUGGGGCUAGUGCGGGAGGGGUUUGGGGGGGGUCAUCCAAAAAUUUAGAAUAUCAUUUUCAUGUAUUUUCACCAUAUCUCUUUGAUAUUUCUGAGACCUUGCCCCCAAAUGUAAAUUGUCUCCGUGAAAAUAAAAGAAGAACUCAGUACACACAGCUCCAUUCCUACAGGCUUGACAAAACUGUCCACUUUUCUUCAAACACUUCCCUUGGCCUUUCUUUAAACAAAAGACUUCUCACCCUUUCAAGGCAUUCGGUGGUCAGGGCCUCCCCUGGCCUGGUCCUGCUGCUCUGUCGGGGGAGCUGGUCUGCCUUGGGGGGCCAGUCUGUCCUGGGGCACUGGUCUGUGCUGAGGGGCUGGUCUGGUCUGUCCCAGGACACUGGUAUGUCUAGGGAGCUGGUCUUUCCUGGGGGAGGGGUUGGUCUGGUCUGUCCCGGGAGCUGGUCUGCCCUGGGGGCUAGUCUGAGGGGGUGGGGUCGCUGGUCUGUCCUGGGGGACUGGUCUGUGGCUGAGGGGCUGAUCUGGCCCAGGAGACUGGUCUGUUUGGGGAGCUGGUCUGGCCCUGGGGGCCAGUAUGUCCUGGGGCACUGGUCUGUGCUGAGGGGCUAACCUGGUCUGGGGGGACUGGUCUGUCCAGGGGGCUGGUCUUUCCUAGCGAACUGGUCUGUCUGGGGGGAAGGGGUGGUCUGGUCUGUCCGGGGAGCUAGUCUGCCCUGGGGACUGAUCUGUCUGGGGGGUGAAGGGGGGCUGCUGGUCUGUCCAGAGGGUGGGGGCUGGUCUGUCUGGGGGGCUGGUAUGUCCGUGUGGGGGAACCAAGACAGCAGUCUGGUCCCUGCCCCUCACAGGGGCAGAGCUGGACCCCAAGAAGAGGGCACCCCCCCUUCUCUGAAGACCCGUGUGGCGAAGGAAGGAUGGGGACCCAUGAUUCACUGUGUCCUGGGCGCCCGCUUGGACUCCAUUCACGAGGCCACACGGAUCCGCAAGCGGUUUAUUGGGUUAAAGUCAGAGCGCAGAGACCCCGAGUGCUCCCCUUGCUGGGCACAUGCCGCACGGCCGCAGUCAGAGGGAGACACUUCAAUCUGGAGGCAAUUACGGCUA